AAAUGUCAACAAAAAGUAACGUACAAUAGUCAAAUGUCUAUUUGAAAAUAACUUCAGAAAAAUUAAUUUAAUAAGAAAUUGCGCGGGAAAAUCUUUUUAUCUCCAUCGGCGACUUGGCAACCUCGCGACGUAACGACGCCACGCUGCGUCAGCCGUGGAAAGCACGCUAGUUGGGCGCUUGGCGCUUAGUUACACCUACGUCGGCAGCGUCAUGUCUAGCGCUAGCACAAAACUCAUUGAUUCAUCGAGCGACGACCGUUUCGACUUCACGUGCCGCAGCGAAAUGGACGCGUGCCUAGCCGCCUUCGAUAAGAAUUGCGAUGGAAAAUUAGAUCCGAACGAAUUCAGGCAGCUCUGCAAGGCCUUGUUUAGGGACAGCACUGGCCAAUCGUAUCCACUGGACGCUUCGGUAGCGGACAUUUUUAAUUUGUUCGACGUCAACGCUGACGGACAAAUAGAUCGGGACGAGUUCGUGUACUGUUGGAACAACUGGAUCAAAAUAAUAGUCAAACCGAUUUCGGCCCUCCUCGUAAUCGACGUUCAAAAUGAUUUUAUAUGCGGCACGCUGGACAUCAGAAACUGUCCGGCCCAGCAAAACGGCGAAGACGUCAUCGAACCCAUCAAUCAUCUGUUAGAUUCUGUCGACUUUGACGCCGUGUUCUACUCUCACGACUGGCACCCCGAGGAUCACGUUUCGUUCGUCGACAAUUUGCACUUGAGAAAACUUCACGAAUCCAGCCCGAUCGCGGGUAAUAACGCAAAACUGUACGAUACGGUUGUUUUCGACGGCGACCCGCCUAUGGUGCAACGCUUAUGGCCACGCCACUGCGUGCAAAAUACCUGGGGAAGUGAACUGUACAAAGAUCUCAAGGUUGUCGAUAACGCGGUCAAGAUCUACAAAGGCACGAAUCCCGAGGUCGAUUCCUACUCGGCAUUUUGGGACAACUCCAAGCUGACGGACACCAAACUGGAAGCCCAACUGAAGAUGCGAAACAUUACGGACGUUUACGUGUGCGGUAUAGCGUAUGAUGUUUGCGUGGGCGCCACUGCCGCGGACGCGAUCGUCAGCGGCUUUCGAACGAUACUCAUAGACGAUUGCUGCAGAGGGGUGGACCUUCUGGAUAUCGAGAAAACUAAACGGAACCUAACCAAAAACCACGGUAUCAUCGUUAGUUCGAAUCAGGUGGACGCCCUGGUCAAAGGCAACGACAGACGACCCGAACUGGGUUACAAAUUGGCCUUAAACCUAAAAGCCAUGAAGCAGCCCGCGCCGAAAGAGGUUAACUAGCAAGUUGCACGUUGCAUUAAAAGUCGGAGCUAGGUAUACAUACAAAAAGCAGAUAUUUUAUCUUUUAAAGUGUACCGGUUUCAGUAAACGGUGGAUUCACGCAAACAUGCAUUACAUUCCGUUGUUUUUGAACAGAACCCAGUUUUAAGGUUCUUAAACGAAGAAAUUCUUCAUGUGUCACGUCCCUGACUUCCUGAUAUUUUUCUUAAUAUUUAUUGUAUUAAUUAUUUCUGUCUAUUUUUGCUCCACAUCUAUUAGCUAUUAGGUUCUCAAUACAUUUUCAGUAUUCUGGGGUAGAGCCACGCAGCCCUGUCAAGGUCCAAGAUUCCAUACCAUAAAGUAGAACAGAAAAGACAUUUUUGUAGUGUAAGUACGUGUCCUUGAAGAGUGGUGCCAUCUUAAUAAAUACCGCUGUGGCUUUUUCAAAACAGCAUUGAAUUUCCCCAAUUGUAUGAUUGAUCAUUCUAUGCGUCGUUGGUCUAUUAUGGGGUACUUACUAAUCACCAUAUAUUUAGUUUUAUUUAAGUUUAAAUUUAAUCCAUAUUCCAUGCUGACUUCCAUUGCGCUAUUCGUAAGUAGGUGCAGUUCUUCGUACCUAAUAUUAUUUACAAGUAUUCCUGAAUUGUUAUUUUCAAGCGUCUUCUUAAAUGUAUGUUCGAAGUAUAUAUUGAACAACACAGGUGUUAUUGUCACUUCUUCUGAAUCAUUCCCAUCGAUGUCUGAAAAUGCUGUUUGGUGCCGGAAUAAUUGUCAAAUUAAUUGUAAAUUUAAUCUCAGAUAAAAUCUCCACUAGUGUAUGACGUUGAAGCCUAUAUAAUCAGGUACACAACAUGAGGCACUAACAUUACAAUUAACAAAGUCUCAAAAAAAUAUUUUUAAACAAAAGAAAAUGAAAGGUACAAAUACAUUAAAUUUAGUUUGAGCAUUAUAUCUAGGCGCAUAUAACAAGCAGGCGUUUUGGUCAUUGAGGCAUUAAAAAUAAAUUUUCUAACAUUUCUGGACAGUCUACUCUCUUAUUAAUGGUGUUAUGCAAAAAAUGCUAAUGUGUACUAUUCAACAAUAUUUAAUAAAUUUUAAUAAUUUAAAAUUUAAUAAAUAAAUUUCAACAUAUGAUAGAAGUCAAGGUUUGCUUCAUACAAUACACCUAGUCGAUUGCGAUUAUAUCUAAAGUUUAUGUGAAAAAUAAACUUUAUUUUUCGUACUACAUCUUGAAAUUUUUUGCCAAUCCUAAAAAUAAAGCCCAAGUUUUUUCGACUAUGUUUACAAUAUAAAUUUCAAAACUUGUCUAUAGUAAUUCCAAGAUUCCUGAUAUUUUAAUACAACACUCUUAAUUUUUAACUUUAAUAACACAGUCGACUUCUUAAGUAAUAGACAUAAACCUUAUCAAAAUCCUCCUGAAAUGUGUGACAGUCAUCGAUGCUCCGCACAUACACUUACGACGUUUGGUCAUCAGCAUACGAAAUAAAUUUUACAAAACCAAAACACUUACGCGCGUCUGUUAUGAGCAAAGGGAACAGCAGAGGUCCCAAGUGCGAUCUCUGAGGUAUGGCAGCAGUGGUAUCAGAAGAUUUAAAUUUAGUCCCAUUUGACGCGAACUCUAUCGGCGGCCUUUCUAAACAGAGACGUGGUGCUCUGUUUGUACCACUGGAGUAGGUUUUACAGCCACGAUGUUCUGAGACGUCUUGGGCCUCCUUUAGCCACAUCUUUCUCUCAACAAUGAUGUGUAAUAGUUUGUACUUGUCAUUACGCACAACGUGGCCAGUUUUCGACGUUUAAAGAUAUUUAAAUUCUCUCUGUCCAGGGAAUCUUAAGUAUCCUACGACACUGCCACAUUUCGAAAGCUUUCAACUUCUUGCACAUUGAGUCUGUGAGUGUCUACGCCUCGCCAUCGCAGAACAGGACCCUAAAUACAUAGCAGUCGGUCAAGCUCGUUUGCAUACUUAUAAAGACUUAUCUAGCUUGCUCUAUUCUACUCCUAACUUUGAAGGUUAGAUCCCAUUUCACAUUCAAGUGGCAGCCAAGAUACUGGACACACCCUCCACUACUUCAUUUUUAACGGUCAAAUUACCACCUUGGAUCACCUGAGCUUCACUGAAUAUUCUCUCUGAGUACAAAUUAAAUAAUAAUGAUGAUAGAACGCAGCCCUGAUGCACCGCUCUCUUAAUAAUUUCCUGCCAAGGUGUUGAGGAUGUCAUAGUUCACGAAUCAUGUAAACACAUCUACACUAACAUCCCUGGAUUUAAACAAGUACGUACCUAAGUUAAAAAAAUCGCACCAUGUUAUAAUUGUCUUUAGUAUUUUGCCCGAAAUAGAAAGAAUUUAUACUGGUCGAUAGUUUAUUAUAUCAAUCUGACUGCUACUUUUAUGAAUAGGCGCAUGUCGAAAUAGUCGGGAAGUGGCCCUCUGAUAAAAUUUUAUUAAUAAAAAUAGCGGCCGCACAACAUUUUGAAAAGUUUGAAGACAAUUUGUUUUUUCCAGGGUUUUUAUUUAUAUCUAGUCUGUUUAGCUGAAUCCUAAUUUGCUCUUCACAAAUGAUGUUUAAAGUUAUAUGGAGUAUCUAACAAAAGGAUAUUUGCAAGAAUUGAGGCAGGCUCAUAAAUACCAAAAAGAAAAUGCCUUACAGAUAUCUGAGUCAGCUUUAUAAGUGAUAUUCUAGUGCCUCACUUAUUGUUGCCCUAAUUCUCUUCCCCAGCUCAGAAAAAGUGUCGUAAUCAAUAGGAUUGUUAUAUUUUUUCCAUCUCGAGUGUGCAUAAUACUUCAGCUUUAUAUUUUAUUACUUGAGACAUACCAAGACGGAUACUUAUUGUUACUUUGGCAUAUCUAUAUUUAAGUUUUUGAAAAUUCGAUUUUGUCUUAAAUGAUUCUAGUGCGUUUUUAUUUCAUUUAAACUUACAUAAAUACUUAAUGCUUAAUGCUCUCAGGUUUCCACCGAGUUAUAUAAUUUAAAUAAGUGGUUAAUGAGACUAAUCAUCCUAUAAUCGUCGCAUUUCUUUGGUCCUGAUUUAUUAGGUAAAGUUUUAAAUUCCUUUGGGAUUUUACCUGUUUGAUAAUUAUGUGGAUGCCUAGACUUCGGAUUCAUUUGUAGUUCUAGAAAAAUUUGGUCUUUCCUUACCCCAUUCGUUGUUUUCGAUCUAUAAACUCCCAACAGCUUCUUUCUUUCUUCUGCGUUUAAGGUCUUCUUACUUAUUCUUAUGGGUUUUCUUCUGCCCCUGCCUGUGGACCCAUUUUUUCGAAGUCCUCUCUGUUCUAUUAUUUGUAUUGUAUGAGUUUCUCUUAAUAUUUUUAGUCGUUUUAAGGUAAUCAUGCUUAUUACUGUGUUAUUUCAUUAUUUAUGUCUUCAUAUCUGCAAUGUCUUCUGUUUUUAUCCUUUUACAUUUAGGUUGAUUUUCCAUCCGGCCCAGGGUGUGUUUUUAUAGAUUUGAACGAGUUUGGAUAUCUUUUGUUAAUUAAAAUAUAAUUUGAUUUCUGACUGUUUGCUCAGAUGAAUCCAAUGGCGAUUUCCACGUGUAGAAGUUAGAACGUGACGAAUAUUUCAAACCUAUUUUUUCUUUCGUUUCUUUCUCUUAGUGCUUAUGGUCCCACGUAUUCACCUGAUUUGCCUUUGCCUAUUUUGGCGUUGAAAUCUCUACUAUUAUAGCGUCUUUUUUUUGCAGACUUUUCAAUUAUGUCUGACAUUUCAUUCCUCUUUAUCUGAGAUUGGGACGCUGGAAUAAUAUUGACAGAUGCUGGUCUAGCGUAUAUUUGUAAUAAUAGCAUUGGUUCUGAAACAUUGACAUAUUUGGUAACAUGUUUUGUUAGGAUUACCUAUUCCUACUCCAUAUUAACGUUAACAUUGGUUUUGUAAAGUCAAACAGUCGUUUGAAAGAUUACAGACAAAACUGACAUUCGUGACAUACAUGCACGUAUUUCAUUUCAAGGGAGAAAUUAAUGAAAGUUAAUAAUUUCUUUACUUUUAAUAUUAAUAGUUAUUGGAGUCCAUCUAUAUUCACUAAAGAAUCAUUCCAAUUUUUACUUUAACUUUUAAAUUAGUGUUAAUGAUAUUGCAAGGUUGCGUGAAUCCACCAAUCACUUAAGUGAGUUGCUUAAGUAGAGUCCUAUCGUUAAAUGUGAUUGUAUUAUUUAAAUUUGAGAGUGUAGCAUGUCGUACUUAUUAUUUUUUACUUGUUAAAUACCACUAGAAAUAAAUAAGC